AGAGGGCGGGACUUCAGUGUGUAGCGCGGCGGUCAAGGAAGCUUAGCUUGUGUGUUUAUGCGAAACAAAUUCUUAUGUUUUUAUUACAAAUAAUAUUAUUUCACUGAUGUGGAAUAAACAUUUGCAGCCCGGACAGCUUAAGCUCGAAUACUAACGUCUCUUCUUGAUCUCACGCUCUUGCUGAGAUGUCUGGUUGCCAAGGCAACAGCGGCAGCAUCACUGGGAUGCUGAGUGCGCUCUGCGACUGCAGCCUUUCGGGGUUGUCAUGGAAACGGCGCGCUCUGGGCGCAGCAUCACGGGAGUCUGCGCGUCGUUCCCUGCGCAGGCGUGCGUACGGGGCGCUUCUCGCCGGACUCUUCCAGGACGGCUCACCCAAACCGCCGCCGAGCGCCCUGGCAAACACACCCGCCCAUAAUAAAAUUCUGAUGAUCUCGUUCGACCUGCGCGUGUCUGGACACAAUGAGGAGGCGGAGAGGCUGGAGGAGCUCCUGGGUCAGCUACGGGACGGGGUGGACUCUUCGGGACUCUCCGAACUUGACUCUGUCUUGGAGCUCCUUGUGCAGCUGGCCGGGUCCGUGGCUCCGCCCCCUCAGUCUUUCAGUCACGACUAUAUGCGCCGGGAGCGUCCCGUGGAGCGCAGAGCACCAUUGGGCGGGUACCUGAGUCGGGACAUGCAGCGGCUGGAGGAGAGGGCGUGGUCUUUGAUCUGUGGUGAGGAAUGGGGUGUUUUUGGGGGCAUCUGCAGGACCCUGAGCAUCAUGGAUGCUCCACCGGGCACUGGGCUGCUCGGAUUGGGACGCAGACAGGAUAGCGAGGAGAGGUUUGAAAGAGAGACCCGUCUGUCUCUGUUUGGUGCCCUACAGCACUCCAGAACUGCAGAUAUGGACGUCCGACUGGACCUGCCGCCCGUUCCAAGCAACGCAGACCUCACUGGACUCAGUAUACGGGUUCCUGUGUGUCUGGAUCAGUCUGAUGAUGAAGGCUUCCAGUCCUCCUCUAAUCUGACUCCAGAUUCCCAAUCCGAGACGAGUCCCAGCCCUGAGAUCGACGUGUGGGAGGCCCUGCGGACAUUCGUGCCCGGAAGACGACGCUGUUGGGAGAACAUCGGCUGCCCGCCGGGUCAGAAGGAGCCUCCGUACCUGACGGAGGCUGGCAGAGAGGCGUUUGAUCAGCUGUACCGACUGUGGGAGGGAGAAAUGAGGAACAUCCUGUCCACACAGACACCAUCACCGCUCCUGCCGCUGCCGCUGGACUGUCAGAGUCAGCUGGUCAAAGACGUGCUCAACGUGCUGAUCGGGGUCUCCUCUGUCACCUUCCCACUCAACGAGGCUAGUGUGCAGUUUGAUGUGCGUCCGGAUAUAUGUGUGUCCGGGACGUCCCCUGAGAGUGUGUCUCGUCUGCUGGGUGAGCUGGCGCAGUACGGCACACACUACCUGCGUCUGAGCCGCUUCUCCCUGAGCAGCACGAGUCAGAAGGGUCUCGUCUUCCAGGCCUUCACAGGUGGGCUGCGCCGUUACCUGCACUACUACAGAGGGUGUGUGCUGAGCACGCCAGCCUCUCUCAGUCUCCUGACUAUCGCUUGUCAUUUCCGCAAGCUGGGCCGUCAGCUCAGGUAUCUGUCAGAGCUGUGUUGUGUGGAUGGAAUCGGAGGCGUGGGACGAGCAACGUUCCCCGUGGGUGUAAAGCUGCUGUCGUGUCUGUAUAAUGAAGCUCAGAGUAACUGCAGUAAUGAGAAUCAUCCGGUGCUGCUGUCGCUGCUGAAGAGCAGCUGUGAGCCCUACACACGGUUUGUUUCAGACUGGGUGUACAGUGGCGUCUUCCGUGACGUAUAUAAAGAGUUUAUGAUCGAGGUCAAUGAGGAUUAUUUGACCUACAGAGAUAAGAACUUCUGGACGCAGGGCUAUACUCUGAUUUCGUGUGAUGCAGAGGACUGUGUGCCGGUGUUCCUCAAACACAUCGCCAAUGACGUCUACGUCUGCGGAAAAACUAUCAACCUGCUGAAAAUCUGCUGCCCACAGCACUACAUCUUCUGGUCGGAUGUGCCAGUGCCCAGGAUCGCUGUGACGUUUUCCCUGCAGGAAGUAGAGGAGAUUGAGAGAGACUGUGCGGUGUAUCGCGGACGGAUGCAGACCAUCGCUAGGCACAGCGCCAUCAGCAGGGAGGAGAAGGCUAUGCGGACUGAACAGGCCCGACAGGAGCUCAUUAACCAGGUCAGAGUGACAGCGGCCAAGACCCUGGAGAGAAUCAGAGGUCACCAGGUGUCGCAGCGUCUGGCAGAGGAGGCCCAGAAGAGAGAGCGGUUUGAAGAGCUGAAGCAGCAGCUGGAGCUCGACCAGGAGUGGCGUAGUACUGUGAGACGGAAGCAGCAGGAAGACGAUUUCAGCUACGCUCGAGAGCUCAGAGACCGAGAGCAGAGGCUGCAGGCCCUCGAGGAGCAGCUGGAGCGCCGGGCACGGAUGGAUCUGAUCACUCAGUACAGUCAGUUAUCAGAAGCCGCUGCGAGACGAGAGCUCAAAGCCAUGUGGAAGGUGCAGAGGAUGAAACUCGACGAGCGCAGAGUGAACUUCCUGCAGCAAGAACAACAGAAUGUACAGGCUCUUCUGGAGAAGUUUCCUGUAGGUCAGGAGGGCCCCCCUCCAGAAAUAUCCCAAAUGCUACAAUCCGCACAACUACACUCUGAGCUCUCUGAGCAGCAGAAUCCUCUCACAGAAUCAUUUGCUCCCUCCUGCUCUCCUGCCAUUGGUGAUACUCAAGCACAUAAUUCAGAGGAAAUUGACGUAGCUGACUUCCUCCCGAAGCCUCCAUACGUCACUGAUAGUGGUGGCAUGACCCAGGCCCUCCACAACAUUGGAUCCAACCUCCUGCAAUCCCCUCAGAAACCCCACCCACACCAGCCACACCCAUUGACCUCCCACAUAUGCAUUGGUGAAAACGUUUCAGAAUCCCUGGAGUCUGUCCCUGUUCCUAAUAUAUAUGCACAGGCAUCCAAAUCCAGCUUCCUAUGGGGUCAGUUCACUCCAGAGGUGCCAGCAGGUCAGCCGAAGGCUAGUGUUCAUGGACACCCUUCACAGAGCUCUGUGCAGCUGGGAGGCUCGUCUGCCUCAGGGCAGAUCAAGGGCCCAAUCCGCUCUGAGUCAAACACCCCUGCACAAACCACUCAGGAGCGAACAUGUGAGGCAGAGAGCGAUAGCCAGUGUACAGAAAAACAACCGACUGGAGAUGAGACAGGAACAGAGCCUUCGGCGGCCAGCACAGGUUCAGAGCCAAAGCAAGCCGCCCAAGAGCCAACAGAGGAAGCCAAGUCCUGUGAGAGUGUCAGCCAGCCCUCUCACUGUUCUCAGCCAGAGCAAGAACAAUCUGUGUAUCUUCUCAGAGGCUUCCAUGAGUCAGAGUCCGAUUCUGAAAUGAGAAAUAACAGCCGUGAUCCUGAUCCAACACUGAUCUCAUCUUUACCCUCGUCUGAUGUCUCUGGUCACGCCUCUGAUGCCCAUAUAAGGGUUGGGGAGUAUGUUUCAGAGGUAACCCCUCCUCUUUUCACACCUAACAUCCAUGGCCACACCUCUGAUGCCCAUAUAAGGGUUGGCGAGUAUAUUUCAGAGGUAACCACUCCUCUUCCCACACCUAACAUCCAUGGCCACGCCUCUGAUGCCCAUAUAAGGGCUGGGGAGUAUGUUUCAGAGGUAACCAGUCCUCUUCCCACACCUAACAUCCAUGGCCAGGCCUCUGAUGCCCUUAUAAGGAUUGGCGAACAUGUUUCUAAGGUUAUCACUCCUAUUCCCACACCUAACAUCCAUGGUCACGCAUCUGAUGCCCAUAUAGGUGUUGGUGAACAUGUUUCUGAGGUGACCAAUCCUCUUUCGACACCUAACAUCCAUGGCCACGCCUCUGACGCCCAUAUAAGGGUUGGUAAACAUGUUUCCGAAGUGACCAAUCCCGUUCACAUCGCUAAUAUUCAUGGCCACACCUCUGAUGCCCAUAUAAGGGUUGGUGAACAUGUUUCCGAAAUGACUAAUCCCAUCCACACUGCUAAUAUUCAUGGCCACGCCUCUGACGCCCAUAUAAGGGUUGGUGAACAUGUUUCCGAAAUGACUAAUCCCAUCCACACUGCUAAUAUUCAUGGCCACGCCUCUGACGCCCAUAUAAGGGUUGGUGAAAAUGUUUCCGAAGUGACUAAUCCUGUUCACACCGCUAAUAUUCAUGGCCACGCCUCUGAUGCCCAUAUAAGGGUUGGUGAACAUGUUUCCGAAGUGACCAAUCCCGUUCACACCGCUAAUAUUCAUGGCCACGCCUCUGACGCCCAUAUAAAGGUGGGUGAACAUGUUUCAGAAGUGACCAAUCCCGUCCACACUGCUAAUAUUCAUGGCCAUGCCUCUGACGCCCAUAUAAGGGUUGGUGAACAUGUUUCAGAAGUGACCAAUCCCAUCCACACCGCUAAUAUUCACGGCCACGCCUCUGACGCCCAUAUAAGGGUUGGUGAACAUGUUUCAGAAGUGACUAAUCCCAUCCACACUGCUAAUAUUCAUGGCCAUGCCUCUGACGCCCAUAUAAAGGUGGGUGGAUUUAUGUCAGAUGUUGCCUCCUCUCAGCCACGUUGGAGCAAAUAUGGUCAUUCCUCUGACAGCACCCUUAAAGUGGGUUGUGCGAUGACCGAUGCUGCCCCAUUAUACACUCCUCAAUCUGGCAGCUCUUUCGGUCAUGCAUCUGACUCCACAUUGACAGUCGGGUGUGUUGUCUCAGGCGUACAUCCUCAACCGUCUCCAUUACCUGGCAGUGCGUAUGGACAUUCCUCACAGUCCACCUUGGGUAUCGGGUGUGUGGUUCGUGGGACCACUCGACCCAGUUCUCUUUACAGCGGUGGCUACGGGCAUUCGUCAGACUCUGCUCUGGGUAUGGGCUGCAUGGUUGGCGGGGUGGUGCCAGGGAGUUUGUACGGUGGCAGACCACCAUUCAAUGCUGACCGAACAUCAGAAGAUGCAGAGAAUCCAGCCAACCAUGACAUCCAGGCAGCGCCCCCUAGUGAGCUGUUCUCCCUGGAUCAGGGACUGUCUGCCUGGGCUCUGGGACUGGGAUUGUCCCCUAAAGAGAGUCCAGAGGAUCGUUAUCUUCUCAGCCUGGCCUCACAGUACCAAGUGGAGCAGUACCAGGACUCGUACGGCCUGAUGACUUCGGCUCCGGACUCUGAGCUGCUGCUGCAGGUGACACGGGGUCCGAACGGUCUUCCUGUAGAUCCGUCUCUGCACAGGGCCACUGACAUCUCUGCUGUUCAGCUCAAUGAGAUGAUGCCACUUCCUGUUCUCAUGAAACACUCCGUUACAACACCACUGAUUACACAUGUGUCUAUGGUAAACAAGGCCGUGGUGGAUUAUUUCUUCGUGGAGUUGGGUGUGGAGAAGCACUUUGAGACACUCAGGCAUUUUCUGUUAAUGGAGGAUGGAGAGUUUGCCCUCUCUCUCAGCGAUCAGCUCUUUGAGAAGCUGGGCAGUGGUCAGACGCCCGGUGAGCUGCUGACCCCGCUGGUGUUGAACUCCAUUCUCAACAAGGCCUUACAGUACAGCGUUCACGGCGACAGCGAGCUGGCGGCUCACUUCACGUUCGCUCUGCGAUACCUCCCGGAGAUCUUCCAUCCUCACGCACCAGACUCGCUGAACUGUCUGGAGCUCCGCUACAAGGUGGACUGGCCGGUGAAUAUCGUCAUCACAGACAGCUGUCUGAACAAAUACAACAGACUCUUCUCCUUCCUGCUGCAGCUCAAACACAUGGUGUGGUCCCUCCGAGACGUCUGGUUUCACCUCAAGAGGACGGCGCUGGUGAAAGGUGCCGGUCGCUCCGCUCAGUUUCAUCAGCUGCAGCUCUACAGACACGAGAUGCAGCACUUUGUGAAGGUGAUCCAGGGCUACAUCGCUAACCAGAUCCUUCAGGUGUCCUGGAGCGAGUUCACACACAAACUGAGCAGCGCCAACGACCUGGACGCCAUCCACCGCACACACGCCGAAUACCUCAACAGAGCCAUCUUCAGGGGUUUGCUGACGGAGAAAGCUGCCCCGGUCAUGAACAUCAUCCACAGCAUCUUUAGUCUGAUCCUGAAGUUUCGCGGCCAGCUGAUCGCGCAGCCGUGGGAGCUCCAGCAGGGGGAGCCGGUGCAUCCCAGUUUCAUUGCCAUGCAGCAGUCCUACAACACCUUCAAAUACUACUCCCGCUUCCUGUUCAAAGUGGUGACCAAACUGGUGGAUAAAGGUUAUCAGCCCCAUCUGGAGGACUUCCUGUUGCGGAUCAACCUCAAUAACUACUACAAAGACUCUUGAGUGACCUCUGACCUGCUGCUUUAGUGUCGUGUCAGUGUGUCUAUAACCAAAGCCAUCGAUUACGAUUGCUCUUAGCUGUUUUGCAGUGACAAACUCAAAUCUGUUUUGCUCUGUAGUGAUGCGGUUCAGUGUUUCCUGUCGUGAUGUGUGCACAGACGCUUUUCUCCACACAGGCUAGGAGAUGUGUAAAAUAAACUAUUUAAUUUUCAGA